CCUGGCGACCUCAAGUGUCAAGUCAAAACAGAACACGUUGAAAAACGAAAGUAGGGUAGGCUAGUCCUUGCCUGAAAAUCAACAAUCAGCAGGUGUCGAUUUGGGAACAGAGAGAAGAUGGCACGAUUUGUUCAAGGAGGACAACCAGUUACUGAACAGAGCAAUGAACUUACUACAGACAUUGAUACAGCAUCUCCCCGAGGUAUAGUUAAAAUUCUUCAUGCAUGUGACAAAGAAAUCUUCAAAGGUUGGAAAGAUAGUAAGGGCAUAAACAAUGACGUGAUCUUGGACAAAGUGGUUAAAAUUGCACUGAAGAUAAAGGAAGUCUUGAAGGACCCUUCUAGUGGGGCAGUUGUCAUUACAGGCUGUGGUACCUCAGGGAGACUGGCUUUCCUGACUGCAAGGACCUUCAAUAGAUACCUGACAUCUCGUGGAAAGGAGCCUUGUUUUCAGUACAUCAUUUCUGGAGAAGAUAAGGCCUUAUUCACUUCGCAAGAAUUGGCUGAGGAUGAUCCCAUUUUCGGAGCUCAAGCUCUAGAGAAGACUAUUCAAGGCAAAUCUAAGGUAGUUGUCAUUGGAGUAACCUGUGGCCUGUCUGCGCCCUUUGUUGCUGGACAGUUGGACUACUGUCUUAGCCACAGGGACGUGUGCACACCAGUGCUCCUGGGCUUUAACCCUUCACACAUGGCCAGAAAUAUAGACAUUCAAAAUUGGAACAAAACCUUUUUAGAUGUUGUAAAACAAAUGGAAAAGGCAGAAAAGUCAGGGGCAGGAUUUAUUCUCAACCCUGUCAUUGGGCCCGAGCCUAUCACAGGCUCCUCCAGGAUGAAGUCUGGCAGCACCACCAGAAUCCUGCUGGAGACUUUGUCCAUUGCUGCCCUGGAAGACUACUCCAGAGCAACAAUCUCUCUUCUCUUCAAGAUGUAUGAGGAUGUGUGCACCAGUGUGUACAAACAGACAGAAUCAAUGGCCUCUGUCAUACAACUAGCUGGAGAGAGCUUGCGCUCAGGGGGUCACAUCUACUACCUGGGCUGUGAUGGAUUUGGCUUGAUGGGGAUGAUUGAUGCCUCAGAGUGCGUGCCCACUUACGGGGCCUCUGUGGAUGACAUUCGAGGUUUCGUCGAGGGUGGUUUCUCAGUACUUUGUAACAAUGAUGGAGACAUCUCUAAUGAGGGACCAUACUACAGGAUCUCUCUCAAGGACUUUGAGAAGGAUAUUCUUCCUCUGAUUGGACACAAUGACUUAAUUGUUCUAAUUGGAAAAGAGAUGAUCAACAAGGUGGAUUUAGCGUCCCUGGCCUCUUCCCAGUGUAAAAUGGUCUGCAUGUGUUUUCAACCCAAUUCGACUUUGUGUGUACAGGAACCCCUUGAAAACUUUGCAGUCGUUGUUGACCUCAAACAUGACUUUUCAACUUUGGACACUGUGGCCUCUGACCUGGCGAAAGUCACCAUGAUUCGGCUACUGCAGGAGAUAGCCGUUAAGUGGGUGCUGAAUGGUGUGUCUACGGGUGCUCACAUCCUCAAGGGGAAAGUGCUCAACAACAUGAUGAUUGAUGUGAAGGUCAGCAACAACAAACUUUUCCACCGGGCUCUUGGCAUCAUUCAGAAAUAUUCUGGUGCUAGUGAUGACGAGUGCCAUUUGUGCCUGUUGAAAUCCAUCUACAACUCAGACAGUCCCAGUGAAGCUCAGAGGUCAGCCUCUAUAGAGGACCACAUCAAGGCAGCUUUUGGUGUUGAAAAGGUUGUUCCAAAGGCCAUCUUACUGGCACUCUCAAAGAGUACAGUGGAUCAAGUGAGGCAGAUGAUGGAGAAACAACCCAUUGUCAGGAAACUGCUGAUGAGGCAAACUCAAGUUUGACCUGAGGUGUUGGUUUUUCAGCACACCUUUUUCGAUACUACAGAGAGAGAGAGAGAGAGGGGGGGAGAGAGAGAGAGAGGACAUAAUGGUGGAUAGUGUGUUUUUAUAUAUAUAUAUUUUUCUCUACACUGUAGUAGUAACAAGAGAACUGUGAAAGAUUCAUGGAUUCUAGUGAAGGUUUUGGACGAGAAAAAUGUUGAUUUUUAUAUUUGAAAAACUAUAAAUUGAUAAGUGCAUUAAAAUUUUUUAUAAUAUUUACUAAGUCGCCUGUCAGUUUCAUAUAUUAAUUUUCCUACUUACAACAAUGUGAUGUACACAGAAUGUUAUUGCUUGUUGUUGUAAAAUCUGUUAUUGUUGUUGAUUAGAUUUAAUUGAUGUUGAUUAAUGCGUACAGUAACGUACAUAUGCAUUUCAAAUGAUUCUGAACAUUUUGUUCUGUGUUCGGCAGGGGUCGUGUUUUUUUAUACAAUUUUAUUGCUAAAGAGUUGACAACCUUCAUAUAUAUAUAUAUAUAUACAUGUGUGUGAAAAUCAUCGUGUGUUUAGACUCUGUGUUUUGUUUUGGUGACAAUAGGGCUGCUGAGAAGUAAUGUGCCUUACUACUGUUUCAUGUUGUCUGAAUUCGGAACUAGUCUUAAUUAUUGUCAUUUACGUACAUGAUUAAUAGGUGUUAUUAUAAUGGUGUUCCGCUCUUUCUACUUUUCUUGAAUGGUACUUUUGGUUUUACAAUUCCAGUCACAACAAAUCGGCUAAUAUUCUACCUUCUACCUCACCGUAAACUUCAGGCCUGAAUAAAAUAGUAUUUUAUAUAAGUUUACAUUUGUUGGUUUUGCAGUAUUAGUUUUCAUGAUUCUCCCCCGGAAGUGAAACCAAUUUGACUUGUAUAAAACAAGAGCAAUUGAUUGUGACAUAAUAACGCUCAAUGUGAUGCUAAUAAUGAUGGUGACAAUGAUAAUGAUUGUGAUACUAUUAAAAUAUUUGUCUCUAUAUCUUGCAUUUAAAAGGGCUGUCUUUACAAUCAUUUUAAUCAGAGUUUCCUGCCUGUUAACCCUGUUUUACAUUCCCUUUUAUAAUGCUGUUUUGUGACUUUAUAUGUCUAACAUGAGUGAUCUCAAUUUCCUUAAUCCUAUGUCUUGAAAUUGGAUCUCAAGGUGCUUAUUAUUAUCAUUAUACCAAUGCCUGAUAUCAGAUUGAGCCGAAUGAAGUAUUUAACAUAUUUAUCUUGCUUUAACCCAUACAGUUCUACUUUUAUAUUUGCACUUGUCUUAUUUUGAUUAUUCUUUGUACGGUAAUAAAAGAUCACUCAGAAGCUGA